AUGAAGCCGAGUGCAUUUAAGGGGUUUGUAGUUAUCCUUCAGAAUGUAAGUAAUUACGAGCGUGUCAUUCAGACACUGGAAGAACUCGUGCAUUCACAGCCGAGGAAGUUCUGUCAGUACUGUAAAUGCUGGAUCGCGGAUAAUAAACCCAGCAUCGAGUUCCACGACAGAGGGAAAAUCAAGAAGAUCUGCUGUAUGUUGUGUGAGAUUAAGAAGAAAAGUGUGGUGAAGGCCAAGCAGGAGCAGAAGAUGUCGAAGCAGUUCGCUGCAAUGGAGGAAGCGGCUGAGAAGGUGUAUGAGGAGGAUCUGAAGAGACUGGCGGGCCAGUCUUCAGGUGUGUGUGUGUGUGAGAGUGUAGCUUCAUCUGAAGCUCCGGUUAAAAAGCAGAGAAACCCACGAAGCACCGUGAGCGUCCCGUCUGAGAGCAGCGGUGGCGGCCGGACAGACGUCUGGAGGAGAGGAACCAUAAACAACGGCCUGCUGUAUUACUACAACACCGUCACUGCAAAGUCUCAGUGGGAGACACCGGAUGGGUUUGUGGACGAGAGCUCGUCAUCAGCCGCAGGACAAACGCAGAAUCCAUCAGGCAAUGCGUGGAUGAAGGCUGUGUGUCCUGAUGGAUAUAUGUACUACUACAACACUGAGACGGGCGAGUCCAGCUGGGAGAAACCAGAUGAUUUCAUUUGAGAGGAUGUUGCUCCUCCUGGUGUUGAAUCUCCUCGUGAGGAGACGCGAGCAGCAGAAGAUCCAUCUCCUCCUCAGCCUGAGUCUGUGUCUGGAGCUGGAGACACAUCUGACCCUCCUAAAGACACUCCAGAACCAGACCAAACCGAACAAACCAGCGUCUCAAAGAUCAGUUUCAGGGUGAGACGCUGUCGGACACAUUAG